UUUCUCCCUGGAGCAGGUGGCCAAUGCCUUCCCUCUCCUCGUGCAGGGCAGAAGGAGCAGCCUGUGCAGAAGGAGGCGAGGAGGGCAGCACAUCUGACAGGCAACCCAGCCCAGCAGGACCUUCCUCUGGAGUGGGAGCCCAUCUCUGGCCAUGCCUACACCAGUGGCAUCCAGUACCAGCAGCGGGGGCUGGUGGUGAGCGAGCCUGGGCUGUAUUUCGUGUACUCCAAGGUGCUGUUCCGCGGCAGCGCCUGCGACAGCCAGCUCCUGUCCCACGUCGUCUACAAGAGGAAUCCAUCCUCUCCCGGCAGCCUGGUGCUCAUGGAGGACAAAGCCACCAAUUUCUGCACGGGGCAGAGGAUGUGGGCCCGCAGCAGCUACCUGGGGGCUCUCUUCAAGCUCAGGAAGAUGGACAGUCUGCACGUCAAUGUCUCCAAAAUCGCCCUGGUUAAUUUUGAGGAAUCCAAGACUUUCUUUGGUUUGUUUAAGCUUUGAAACGGAGCGUGGCUGGCAGCCCCUUCACACACAGACACACACACACUGUGAGGGCUGAGUGCUGCCUGGGCACGGGGACACCACAAAAGCCACCCAGAAACCACGUUUGGGCUUCAGCAUGAGGGGAUUCAAGCAACCCAUAAAGGCUUGGAGAACACCAGGGCUGUGCUGCAUCAGCCUGAGCAGAAUUGCACGAGUUCUCCUUCCAAAAUCCCCCAACAAACUCGAGAUGUGGGGUGCUGAAGAGCCUGCUGGAACUCACUACUCACUGCCUGAGAAGAUGGACCUGCUGCCCCUGUGGUGUCACAGCCCUGCUGGGAGAGGUGCUGCGUUCAUUUUGUGCUCAGUUAUGGAGCGUUCCCAUCCCAGAAAAUGCUCCCCAACCACUUGAUUGGGCUCAUCCCUGCUGCCAGGAUGGGCAGGAACACGCCAGGAGCAGCAGUGCCCUGAGGGGUGUCCCAGAAGUGACAGCUGGGGGAGGUGGGGUGGCCACAGGCUCUGCUGGUGCAAUGCCAGCAGCACAGCAGAGCAGGGCAGGGCAGUGGGGCUGCAGCUGAAAGCAUCUCGAGCCCUGCUCCUGCCCUUUCAGCACAUGAGGUUUCUCCAUGGAGGCCUGGUCUGCCACCCCUUUCCUGCUGCAGGUGGUGACAUGCUGGCACCAUGCAUGGCUCCAGCUGGGCCCCUGGCCGUGAGAGGUUCUCUCCUGAGCAGAACACAGAUGGUAAAUAUAUAUUUUUCUAGUGAGUGGUGCUGUCCUCUCCUCAUUUGGUGCAACCAGAGCACUGCAAGGCCUCUGUGAUCAGGAGUCAGAGCCUCAUUCCUUCUCCAGCAGCGUGGAGAAACCCAGGAUCCUCCUCCCUCUUUGCUGCCUGCCUGGCACAGGGACCUUUCCAUGAGGCUUUGGAGCUCCAGCAUGGAAACACAGGGAUGUGGGGAUGGGGAAGGGGUGGUGUGGGCAGCACAGACAGAGCAGCCCCAGCCCACUUUGGCCAUCAGGAAGGGGCUGAUCUCAAGGCAAAGUUUAGAGUGGAGCUGGGCACUUGUGGCUGAGCAGAAGUGCUGCUGUCCCCAAAGGCACCACCUGUGCGACCUCUGGCCCCAGAAACCUCUCACAGAAUGGGCUGAAGGGCAAAGAAUCAAAGUGGUGUUCAAAAACCCCAAACCCUAUCUGCUCAUCCUGGUGUCUGCCCCACGGAGCCCCAACCCUGGGGCUGCCACUGCCACCAGGCAGGACACCGAGGCUGCAGCUGCGGUCCAUCCUCACCUGUGCUGUGCUCCUGCCUUCCUGCAGCUCUGCUGCUGCUCCUCAGCAGCCUGCAGCAUUUGUUUCCUUCUCCCUGGUGCUGCUCUCAGCUUGGUGGCCUGUGGUUUGUGUUGUCUGCUUCAGAGUUUGUUUUUUUGAAAGCUGUCAGUGGUCUGGCUGCUGCUGUGGCCAGUGUGAGGGGAAAACUGCAGCCCUGCUCACACAGCCAUGGCUGAUGUUUCCACUGCAUUUCUCGGGGUGGAAAAUACCUCAGAAAGAUGAAGUUUAGGGAUCUUCUUGUCACACUGUAUUGGGAACAGGAAAGUGACCACACAGACUCUCCAGUUGCACAAGAGAGCAAGUUUAAUUCUUCCAGAUCUUCUUUUCUAGACAGCCCUGAGCAGGUCUGAGGAGGUAAAACUCUCAUUGCUCAUGAAACCAACCCAUCACCAUCACUGGGCAGCUGGAACAACACCCCUGGGCCGUUUCUGACAAGCAAACAAGGAACAAACAACACCUGCAAAGGUUGUUCUCCUUCUCCAAGGACUGUUGGGAUUCCUCCUCAUGAUUUCUCAGCCCAGAGUGGGAGGGUUGUGUGACUCAGUUUCCCACAGACACUGCCUGAUAUCUCACAUUCAGCAUCCAGAACUUCUGGCUUGACUUUUUCUCAGCACCCUCAGCCCUGCACGUGUCAGAGGGUAAAACUGCACAGCCCAGGGAUGGAGCUGCUCAAUCCAAACCUUUCCAAGAAAGGCUGGAAAUCGCUGUUCUCUUCUGAUUGCUCUUUGGGCUGUGUUGAUUAAAGUUUUCAGAGAUUUCA